UCCAAAAUAAACUAUCAUAGCCUUCGGUACAAUUAUUUGCUGCCGUGUGAAUUAGAAACAAAUAUAGUCAGCUAUAUGUUAUUUUUAUUUGCUGCUUUAUUUCUUGAUAAAACCUAAAGACUAAUAAAUUUUAUGUGGAAGUGGCAAUGGAGUAACCAUUCUUGUUCUGAUUUGUAAACAUGUACAUAUAAUGGGAGAUAUUUCUGCAGGACCAAAGAAUGAUGAUGUUGUCACAGAAAACUCUGUAGUUUCUUCUUUUGAUGAAACUACAAUUCGUGCAAGAUGUGUUUCAGACUCUGCUGCUCUACCUAAAAAGAAAAUAAAUGGAUCAAAGGCACAUCAUAAUAACCCACAUCCAAGAAGAAGUUUUGCUUCAACAUUUGGAAAGAGAUUAAGACUAAUGUUUAAACCUUGGAAAUGGCGCAGAAAACAUAAACGAAAUCAUUGUCUAACAACUCCACAACGAAGUUUAAGUGGGAGUGACACAGAAGCUCAAGGUAGAUCACUGGCAUCCCCUAUUCAAAAGCUUUCAUACUCAACAAAUGACUUAGCGGACAUUGCACCAUUAGAGGUGCAGUUUACACUGGAUCUAAAUGAACCACCUGGUCCAGAUAAAAAACUGGUUAAUGACGACAACGAAAUACCACUCAAAGCUAAUGGUAAUGUUGUUAAUGAAGUAAAUGAUAAUACUGUGAAUACUGAUGAAGAUAUAAGUAAUGACCUGAAACCUCCUAAGGUGACCAUAGAAGAAGAUGUGAAAGCAGAUGAUAAGGAAACAAAUAUGAUAUCCGAUAUAAAUACAAAAGGUAUACCUAUUGAUAUUGGUGAAAAUGAACCUUCAGCAGAAGACAGUGUGCAUUCUGUGGAUAAUCCAGAUACAGAUGAAAUGGCUCCACCGCCACCUGUGCCACCUCGUGGAGCCAGUAUGUCAUACCAAGGAGAUAAAACUCUGCCCAAUACAUCUGAAGAUGAGCAGCAGCCUCAUAACUACAACAAUGAAAGUGACGUAUCAUCUAUCCAAGAAAGUAGUGAUGAAGAAGAAUCUGACAACCAUAUUGUGACAGCGGCGGUGUUAAAAGCAAAAGAAAAAUUUUUACAGCAUCUUAAAGCUCCAUUUAAACGUUAUGUUAAAACUGGCAAAACAUUGAGCCGACCUUUGCAACCCAAGCGCAAUUCUCUGCAUGGAUCGAAUGUGACCAUGCCACUUGAGAUCGAUGGUGUGGUGUUAAAACCAGUCCUAAAAACUCGUUCUAAAUAUGACAUUAAAAAUAAUAAUGAUAAUAAUAAUGAUAUUAAAAGCUAUAAUGUAAACGUGAAUGAUGACAGUGAAAAUGAAGAACAUGACGAUAACGAUCCUAAUUUCAUAAUGGUAGAUAGUUUUAGUGACAGUGAUGAAUAUGAAGACUCUGGUCUUGCUUCAAAGGUGAAAAGAUCUGACAGUUUAGCUGCGAAAUUAAAAACUCGCCCAUCAAGGACAGAGUUAGAAGGAAAGAAUAUUAUUCCGAAAUCUGCAGAUGAAAUAAACGCGGUACGCAGCACGAUAGGAACUAGUCUCGUCAGACGGUUAAGUCAACGCCCUUCUAAAGAAGAGUUGGAACAGAGAAAUAUAUUACACGCUCAAACAGACGAAGAAGCACACCAGAAAUUCGUGGAAACCAGAAAGCAGCUAUCCAGAAAAUUAAGUCGUCGACCGACAGUAAAAGAAUUACGCAAAAAGAAAAUCAUAGGCUUUAAUGAAUAUGUAGAAGUAUUUGAAGUACAGGAGUACGAUCGCAGGGCUGACAAACCAUGGACCAGACUAACUCCAAAAGACAAAGCCUCUAUACGUAAAGAAUUAAAUGAAUUUAAAGAAUUCGAGAUGGAGGUACACGAAGACAGUAAAGUUUAUACAAGGUUUCAUCGGCCGUAGCAGCUAUUAGUGAUAGGCACCAUUUCAAUUUCUACACAUUGUCAUUAGCUUGCCAAUUAUUUCUUGUAUAUUGUAUCACGUGACACGUAGUUGCUAUAUUUUCAUUUCCAACAAAAUCGUUGUGAGAAAUGGCAACCAACGAGUCAUUCGUUAUCUAGAUGUAAACAUCAGUAGAGUCGUCCUUCUUGGUGAAAUUUUUAUUUAGCUGUAAGUAGCUAUUAACCCGCAUAAAAUCAUCUUGACUAACUUUUCUACUGACUUUUCCUUUUUGAGCUAGAUUUUUUUUCUCCCUAAUUAUUUAAGUUACCUGAAUACCAUUAAUCAAUUGUACAGCAUUUUUAUUGUAAAAUUAUAAUCGGAUUUUCUGUUAUGCGCAUGAUGAAGUAGUACGAAUUAUUUCAAAGGAGUUAGCUACCACGAUAAUUCGUCGUGUACGUGUCGUAUCGUGUAAUUAUCGAUUGAAAUGAGUCGUUAUAUAUUAUGAUGCUCAUUGUUUUACUAGCUUUUAUGUAUUUAUUUUGUAUGCUGGUUAAAAAGCUUUUUACUGAUUUGUAAUAAAAUAUACCGUUGAUAUCGACA